AUGCCGCUCUUUCUUGCUAACACCUUUCUCUUUAAACCACAACAGCUCAAGCCUUUGCCUCAAGAUGAAGUAGAGACGAUCUGUCAGAGUAUCCAACAAGGCCUUGUCGAUGCUGUGAACAGCGGAGCCAAUGCAUGCAUUAGUAUUCACGUUCACCCAAAUCAUUUCAUUUCAACUGGAGACCUCAAGUUCUUGACUGGAGUUGAAGGUACCAUCACGUCGCAGUCUAUGCAUCACUUGGAGCUUGUUUCUGACCAAGGAGCUCGCCGUGUUACGGUUCAUUUCGUUGGUGGUGGAUCUCUUUUUGUUGUUGCUCAUGAUGUCGAUGAUGUCGAUUCCGAGCCCGAGCCCGAGCAAGAACAAGACACGGAUGAUGAUGGCACUGACAAUGAAGAUCAUGGAGGAGACGAAGACAAUGGAUCUGAAGGCAGCAGCAGCGGAAGCAGCACUCGCAUGGAUCCCAACAAUGAAUCGAAUGCGUCUUCUGAUUUUGACGGCGCUUUCGUCGGGUUUAGCCAGCUCUCAAUCUAA